AUGAGAAGGAAUAUGUCCCGGCGCUCAUCAUAUAAUGCGGAGCUGAGGCAUCGGAUGUCUGUAGAGGAGCCCAAACCCCCGAAACAAAAGUACGGAAGGCUGAUGCGGUGGCUACAUAAGGUGUGGGACGGCCCGGCCCAUCCAUCGGAUGAGGUGCCCACUCGGUACAGCAGGCUGGGGUUCAUACAGUCGAUUGACGGCGUCCCACGGAGGCUCUGGCGGGGGGUGAAUAAGACCGGGGUAAAAGCUAUAAUUCUUGUGUUAUAUGGCUGUCUGUGGCUGGCGGUCGGGCUGGGCAUACUGUAUCCCUCUCUUGUCGCGCUGCCUUACCACAAGGGAAGCGAGGGGAAGACGCCGGUGGUUGCGCUGAGUUGCACGAGCAAGCUGCAUUGGUUGGGGAAAAAUAACGAUUGCGACCUCAAUGCGCGGAGGUGCAGGCCCUCGCCCAAUGAGGAGCACAUUGUGCGCUGCCCCGCGCUGUGCGACCACGACGGCCUGCUUUUUUCUGCAAUACCGGUGGGUGACAAGCUGCUCAAGUAUACCAUGCACGUAGUCGGCGGCGGCUCGCGCGCGGACGACGCGAGAGCGAUCACGUACCCCUACCGCGGCGACUCGACGGUGUGCUCGAGCGCCAUGCAUGCGGGUCUCAUUUCGCCGGCCUACGGAGGGUGCGUGCGCGUUGCGAUGAGGGGCCAACAAAACAGCUACCCGUCCAGAAGAGGCCGCACCGGGUGGUCAGCGAACUUCGACUCGUUCUUCCCCACCUCCUUUGAGUUUCUAAAGCUGGAUGGCUCCCAGUACGGGUGUCGCGACCCGCGGGUGCCAUUCACCGUCUGCAACAUGAUCUUCUCGCUGCCAGUCCUGUACUUCUACAACAUGCUCGUCGGGUUUUGGGUGCUGAUGCUCGCUGGGUACUGGACGCUAGUCCUGGCGAUGGAUCCGCCGGUGUUCAUCGACCCCAACAACCGGUAUUCGAUCUAUUCGCUGUGGAGCAUCGGCUGUGAGCGGCUGCUACCCCUGGGGUUCAUUCUGUAUGUGAUGUGGCGCGUCGCAGUGCGCAAACUGGAGGGAGGACCGCCGCUAAUGAGAAUACUGCUCUUCUAUCCUCUAUUUUGGUUGGGCACUCUGAACAAUAUCACUUUCGACAGGUUGCCAGUGGACCGCCUGACCCCCAAAGACCUUCAGGAAAGGGCGGGCACAGCUGCAGCCGUGUUUAUUUUGGGGAUUUUGAUAGCUGUUUGCGUUGCGGUGCAAGCACACGCAGUGUGGAAGGCAGGCCGCCUAAGGAAAUACGUGGUGCUUUACCUGGGCCUUGUUGCGGGAUUGGUGUUUCUGGGCCUGUUACCUGGUCUGAAUCUCAGGAUACACCAUUACAUUUUGGGACUUCUUUUCCUUCCUGGCUGCGCAACACGCGGCCCGUCGGCUUAUCUGUUUCAAGGUGUGCUACUGGGCCUUGUGAUUUCUGGCGUUGGUAAAUGGGGAUUCGCGAGCAUUGUCGAGACUAAUUUGGCAUUAGCACGUGGUGAAGCCGGCUUCACAGAUAAACCGCCAACUCUAAAUUUCGAUCCAGCAGUUCCACAUGCUGUUUCGUGGACGCCGCGUACCGAGGCGGGCAUCAACGGCAGCAAGUACGACGCUUUUUCCCUCCUAGUCAAUGAUAUUGAGGUGUACGUUGGAUCAAACACCACAGUGGACCUUGAGGUGCUAUCUGAGGAAAAUAAAGAGUUCGGUUACAUGUUGCGGAACGCAACGCAGGGCGCGAGAGCCGGCCCACCGCUGUACAUCCGGGUUGCCAGUCGGUCCCAAUACGAUCUCCAUGUCCGUAGUGACUAUACGAGUGCCGGUGUGCUCGACUGGUCCUCGGGAAGUUGGACCCCUCCAGAUAAUGCUGUGGUUACUUGA